UCCCAAACUGAAUCAGAAAUCGACCUAUAUAUAGAUCUCAAACAGACGAGAUUAUACAUACCAUAACUAGAAUGGCAACUUCUUCAAGAUUUCAAGUAUAUGUCCUGGCUUUUUGUGCAACCCUUCUUAUUCAAGGUGGCUGUUAUGGCCAUUCUGUGCAUCAGAGAAAACAUGCAGCCUUGUUCAUCUUCGGGGAUUCACUAUUUGAUGUUGGAAAUAAUAACUACAUAAACACUUCCACUAACUUUCAAGCAAAUUUCUUCCCAUAUGGGGAAACCUUCUUCGGCCACCCGACUGGUAGGGUCUCCGAUGGUCGUCUAAUGACAGAUAUCAUUGCUGAAUAUGCAAACUUGCCAAUGAUUCCACCGUACUUACAACCGGGGUUCGACAACUAUACUAAUGGUGUGAACUUUGCAUCUGCUGGGGCUGGUGCUGCUGGUGCUCUAGCUGAAACGUUUCAAGGAUUUGUGUUGGACCUUAAAACUCAACUGGGUUAUUUCAAGAAUGUGGAGAAGCAGUUGAGGCACAGACUAGGUGAAGCAGAAGCUCACAGAUUUUUGUCCGAAGCUGUUUACUUGAUUAGCAUUGGAAGCAAUGAUUACAUUGCCCCAUUCAUAACGAAUUCAAGUUUGUUCGAGUCUCACUCACAUGAAGAAUAUGUUGGCAUGGUCACAGGAAACCUGACAAAUGUGAUCAAAGAAAUAUACAAGAAAGGAGGAAGAAAAUUUGGGAUUGCAGGCAUGGAGCCGUUGGGUUGUACACCGGGCAUGAGAACAGAUAAACCAGGAAACACAAGCACCUGUAAAGAAGAAGUAAAUGCAAUUUCAAAACUCCACAAUAGAGUACUUGCUAAAGUCCUCCUGAAGCUCAAAGGACAGCUCCAAGAUUUCAUAUACUCGAAUCCAAAUUUCUACAAUUACCUAAAUGACAUAGUUCAUAAUCCAUCAAAACAUGGUUUCAAGGAAGGAAAGAUGGCAUGCUGUGGCUCUGGUCCAUACAGAGGAAUUAUGAGCUGCGGAGGGAAGCGAGGUGUGACUGAGUAUCAGUUAUGUGACAAUGUUACUGACUAUGUCUUUUUUGAUUCCGGCCAUGCAACGGAAAGGGUAUACCAGAAAGUUUCCAAGUUAUGGUGGAGCCAUACUCCUGAUGUCACAGCACGUUACAUCAAUUUGAAAGAGCUAUUCGAAGUAUAGAAUAAGAAUCGGGAUACAUCUUAUGUUCCAGUAAUGGAACUCAAAUUUUCAAGUUUAAUAUACCAUAUUUGUACAUAGUUAUUCAUUACUUAAUCGAUAUGUUUGAUACUUUCUAUAUACUGUUGAAGGAAAUCAGCUUUGUGCGCCUAAUCAAACUAGGAGUAGUUCCAUGAUUGUAAUAGGAGAGAAGGUUCUAGAAUUCUUAGUCCUAUUUGGAUUGUAGAAUCGCUGUAAAUCUGUAUGU